CAAUUUAGGGUGGAAGGAAAGAGACUGCAUUAGUGACCUUCGCGGAAAGGAAGACCCAACGCAGAAAGAAAGAGAUGAAAAAGGACUUCGAUGUGUGUUACCUUACCGGAAAGAAAGAGAGUGGAAGUCGCUACUCAUCUUGAUCGUGCCUCUGGCUGUAAAAGUCUCCUCACGCACCCUAACAGAGAAGUCGCCCGUAGCAUCGAUCCGUUUGCUAAAUGGCGAUGGAAGGGGGCAACUCAGGGAUCGCAACAGGCGGCAACUACGAUGUGUUCUUGAGCUUUCGAGGACCCGACACUCGCAACACAUUUACAGAUUGCCUCUAUGUGUUCAUGAGCAAGGCAGGAAUCCGCAUUUUUAGGGACGAUGAAGAGUUAUGGCCAGGCGAAAAGAUCUCGGAGAUCUUGCGAGCAGUAAAAAGCUCCCAAAUAUACAUUCCUAUUUUCUCCAAGAACUACGCUUCGAGUAGAUGGUGCCUCCGAGAGCUGACAUGCAUGGUGAAAAGCUAUGACCAAUUCCCGGGGAAACAAAUUCUACCCAUCUUUUAUGAUGUGGACCCCCGAGAUGUUAAGCUUGAAACGGAGCAGUACAAAAGCGCCCUAACGAAGCAUGAGGAGGAACUUGGCUGCUCCGAAGUGAAUCCUUGGAAGGAGGCUUUGACCACUGUGGCUAGAAUCAAGGGGUGGCAUCUAAAAGAUCAAAGGCAAGGCGAGGUCAUUGACGAUAUUAUUAAAAGGGUAUUGCAGAAGAUCACUAUAAGAAAAAGAGAUUUGCCCACCUAUUUAGUUGGAAUUGAUGAUCGUAUAGAAGACAUAAAGAAACUGUUAAAUUGUUGUGAUACUAGUGAUGUACGAUUUGUCAUAAUUUAUGGGAUAGGUGGCAUGGGAAAGACAACUCUUGCCAAGGUAGUUUUCAAUCAGUUCUCUCCUCAAUUUGAAGGUCACUCCUUCCUUUCAAGCAUCCAAGAAUCAUCUCCAUGCCGUGGCAUUGUAAAAAUGCAAAGAAAAUUAGUAGCAGAUCUUUUCAAUUUCUCGCUUCCUAAAACCUGUGACUUUGAGGAAGGGAACAAUAUGAUCAGAAAGAGAUUACCUAACAAACGAGUCUUACUUGUUUUUGAUGGCAUAGAUGAAAAUAAUCAAUCUAUGCAACUAGCGAAGUAUUGUACUUUGUGUGGUCCAGGGAGUAGGAUCAUCAUUACAACCAGAGAUAAGAGUGCUUUUCCUACUAAGGUGGAAGGAUUUGAGGAACAUAUCUCAACAGGAUCUACAGAAACUUUUUUGUACGAAAUGAAGGAAAUGCGUUAUGAUCAUGCUCUUCAAUUUUUCAAUAACCUUGCUUUCAGCACAGAUUCAGUUCCACCUGAUCUUUAUGAUCUUUCAAGAGAAGUUGUUGCACUCACCGGAGGACUUCCAUUGGCUGUUGAGGUGAUAGGUUCACAUCUCCAUGGCCAAAGCAAAGCACAAUGGAUAAGCAUCUUGGAGAAAUUGAAGGAAGUGCCUCACGAAAAGGUCCAACAGAGGUUAAAAAUUAGUUAUGAUGCACUUGAAUAUCGGCCACAACAAAUCUUUCUGGAUAUCGCAUGUUUCUUUGUUAACAAGAAAAAAACUAAUCCAAUGUAUAUGUGGGAAGACUCAGGCUUUUACCCAAAAGUCGAAAUCGAGGUUCUUAUUGACAAGUCCUUGAUCAAGAUUGUUGAUCAUGAUAGAAUAUGGAUGCAUGAUCAAUUAAGAACUCUCGGAAGGGAAAUUGUUCGUCAAGAGCAUAUGUGGAAAUCUGAAGAUCGAAGCAGAUUGUGGUAUCUUGAGAUGAUCCAUGAAAAGGGAACACAGAAUGCGGUAGCGCUCACACCACGGAGAUCGGGAGACAAUUUUCCAUGCAAAGAUUUUGCGGAUCUCACAAAGGCGAGGUUUCUAAAAUUGGAUGGGGGGAACUUUGCUGGCAACUUUGAGGAUAUUUUGUCGGAGCUAAGAUGGCUUUGUUGGCGAAAUUGUCCUCCAGAAUUAAAAGCGAACAACUUUGUGUUGAAUCGCCUAGUUAUUCUCAAGCUUUCAGGCGAUAUCAUCUUGGACAAAUGGAGCGGAUGGGUCGAAAUCAUGUCGGUUGCCGUACUGCAGGUGGCAAGUAAACUGAAAGUUUUGAAAAUAGCGAGAUCAAAUUCCUUAAUUAAAACACCUUGCUUCUCAGAAUUUUUGAGUUUGGAGAGAUUGGUUCUGAAAGGUUUUCCAAAUUUGGUGCAAAUUGAUCACUCAAUUGGAAAACUAGAGCGGUUAAUGUACUUGAAGAUCAAAUGGUGUCCAUUUCUUAGAUGGUUGCCCCAGCAAAUUGGUUAUCUAACUGCCUUGAGAGAGCUCAUCUUGAUCCAGGGUUUUAGCAUUCGUCAUUUGCCAGACUCGAUCGGCAAUCUAAGACUUUUGUCAAGGCUAGUUGUGGAGGAUACAGGAUUAGUUGAACUUCCGAACACGAUCAAAGGGCUAGCGGAUCUUGAGUACUUGUGUUUGGCGAAUUGCACGAGUCUAAAUUCGCUGUUGGAUGCUGUUGGGGAGCUGAAGUCAUUGACUGAGUUGGAUCUAUCUGGGACAACUAUCGAGGAACUACCUCAAUCAAUAUAUAACCACGAAGAUCUGACAUUGCAGAUAAACAGUAGUAAGAUAAGAACACGACUGAUGAGGGACUUGCCUCCCUUGGAAGGUAUUGAGGAUUGCUUGGACUCUAUAAGGCUUAAAGCAGACUGGAAAAGUGCACUGAAGAAUUUAAAGGAAGAGCAUCUCGAAAAUGCCCGACAGAAGUUCAUGAGGGCAAUGCCUUACGUAAAACUCCGACAGAAGUUCACGAGGGAAGUGCUCACGAGGGAAGUGCCUUCCGUAAAACUCCGACAUAAGUUCAUGAGGGAAGUGCCUCUCGAAAAGGUCCGACAGAAGUUAGUGUUAAUAUAUGAGGGACUUGAUUAUGGGGAGAAACAAAUUUUUCUGGACAUUGCAAGUUUCUUUCUUAACAAGAAAAAAACUGAUACAGUGUGUAUAUGCAAAGCUUGUGACCUUUUCCCGAAAGUUGAAAUGGACGCCCUUGUCAAUAAGUCCUUGAUCAAAAUUCUUGAUCGUGGCAAAAUAUGGAUGCAUGAUCAAGUAAGAGAUUUUGGGAGGGAAAUUAUUCGUCAAGAGAAUAUCGAGAUAUCUAGAGAUCAAAGCAGACUGCAGUUUCUCAAGACGGUCAAUGAAAAGAUUUUACAGAAGCAGGUCACUACCCUUAUGCAGAUGGCAGGCUUUAUGGUCACUCUGAGUUUCAUAUAUGUUUUCAUAGUUGCCAAUGUAUUGAAAUUCAGCAGCACGGCUUCCAGAGAAGACCAGGGCAUGGCUACGAUCAUAUCAGCACUGGAAAGUGACUAUUGCCGCAAGAUCUUUGCAAUUGGCUUCACCAUCUCGAUGUUCUUCUCAGCGACUGCGUACAUCCGCCUCAUACCAGCACGGAAAAGUGACUACCACAAGGCAGUAGAUGCGUCAACGCACGCAAUGGCGCUGCAAGCAAUUGCAGAUUUUGUGAUUUUGGUCACCAUUACCAUCGGCAUACAAACUUCGCCUGCUACAGCCAUAAGACGUUGGGUAACCGUUUUAUGGUACUUACUCUUGCAGUUGCCUAAGUUCGCUCCCUUCCUUCGAACCAGCCGCACACUCCGUCUUGUGUUCUCCAUGCUUGAUCUCGCUUACAUUAAUUGAUAGAAAUUGCAAGAAUUGAAGAAUUUCUGAUUGUAUUGUAUUCAGAUGAUAUGUAUACAAGUACACGAUCUAUUUAUAGUGUAUGAAUGAAAGAAAAUAAUAGGAAAUAAUAUACAAUUGAUUACAA